AUGCUGCCCGACACGCCAGUGCCUGGUGCAAUACGCCAGCUUCUGCGAACAGGUCUGCUUCUGUUCUGAUCGCGGUUGCAUUUGAACUCGACUGUCGUCGAGUCCAAGGAGCAACUUUUAUUUUUUAGUGCUUUCCAGACAAGAGAGUGACCACGACGGGUGGACCCACUGUGGAGGUUGGCAGCAAUGACAUCGGAGUGUUUGUUGGAGGAUCCCCAAAGCUCCCAGUCAUUGUCGACGUGAACCCCUUCCUCUACGAAUAUGCAGCCACUAACACGCAGAUCCACGCCAACCGCGACGUCGCCUUCUUCUUCCAGGAGAAGGACCUGCACCCAGGGGCCAAGAUGAAUCUGCACUUCACCAGGGCCCAGUCCAACGCCGUUUUCCUUCACCGAGCUGUGGCCAGCUCCAUCCCCUUCUCCACCGAGAAGCUCGCCGACAUACUGAGCCUCCUCUCUGUCGGACCCAACUCUGAGGUAGCGGUGGGAUUGAAGACAACUCUGCAAGCGUGCAAGGAGUCGGCCGUGGCUGGGGAAACCAGGUACUGCGCCACCUCUCUGGAAUCCAUGGUCGACUUCGCCACCGCCAGCCUCGGUACACGAGACGUCCUGGCAGUCUCCACGGAACUCAGCAAGGACGGUACUCCAAAGCAAGAAUACGUUAUAGAGUCCACCGGCAUCGAGAAGCUACUGGGGAGAAAGGUUGUGGCCUGCCACGCGCAGUGGUACGCCUAUGCGGUCUUCCACUGCCAUGUCACCCGCGCUACCAAGGCCUACGUCGUAUCCCUCGUAGGGCGGGAUGGAGCCAAGGUGAAUGCCGUGGUAGUGUGCCACACCGACACGUCCAACUGGAACCCCAAGCACCUGGCCUUCCAGCUUCUCCAGGUGAAGCCCGGCACGGUUCAGUUUGUCACUUCCUGCCGCAGGAUCAUAUCGUCUGGGCCUCCCGUCGCUAGACUGCACGCUACAAAUGAAGCUUCUCCCUGGUUCAGCGUCACCCCGCAUCCCAGUUCAUUGGCUUUCUCCAAUGAUUGA